AUGCUUGGAACUUUCAAAAAUGUGAUGUUUGGACCUAGCGACCAAAUUAUUUUUUGCCAGCAAUUACCAAUUGAUCAUGUCAAAAACAAAAUUGAACUAGGUAAUGAGUACAAAAGUCUUGUUAUCUUUAAAUGUAAUUACAAAAAGCCAGAAUAAAAGGAACAUAACCAAAAUGACUGGCUAAUAGGAGUCUAAAACAUAGAAGAAGAAUAAAAGCCUAAGGAAUAUAACUUACCUGAUGAAAUUUGUAAAUAUUUAGUUGGAUAUCCUGAACUUGAAUUAUCUGAUUAUUUUAUUGAUAAGUUCUUAUUUGGGACUUAUAAUAAAUCUAAAACCUUGCUAGUUUAUCAGAUGGAAAGAUUGAAAAAAUAAGUAAACUUAUUCCUCAAGAAGGUUUUGUAUUUGACUGUAAAAAACCUAUAACUCUUAAGAUUCAUUAAUAAUGAAAAGAAAAAAAUUGUAGAAAUUAAACUAUACAACUCAACGUAUGAAUAAGAGGAUAACAAUGUAAUUUAAAAUAUAUAUUAAAAUUUUCAUGCUGAUGAAUCCUUCUAAGUUUAUUCUUCAGAUGGCCUUAAUUAUGUUUACGAUAUUAAUGAGUAAAGAAUCAUCAACACUCUUCCAUCACAUUUUAAAUUUAACUUUGGAAUGUUUAUGAAACUGGGCAAUAUAUAUUACUUAGUGUAAAAUCGUUUAUCAAACAAUCUUUAUCUAAUUAAGCAAGAUUAAUCCCAAGAAUUUAAUGAAAUUACCUUUAAAAAUGGAGAAACAUAUUACAAUGAUAUUCAUUAAAUUAUUUCAAUAUCAGACAAAGAAAUUAAAAUAAUGGGACUUUCUGAUUAAAAAUUUGAAAUGCUUAAAAUAAAUCUUACUGAUUAUACCGCAGAAAUAACUAAACUUGAUGAAAAUCUCAGAAAUUAUAAAAAGCAGGUACAUAAAAAUGAAUCAGGAGAAAUAUUUGUAAUAUCUUAUGCAUAAAAAUAAGUAGCUAUUUAUAGCAUCAAAUAGAGAAAAAAUAUAUUGUAAAUACUAAGAGCAGAAGAAUAAUUAGUUGAAGAUCUUGCAAUAAGCUUUAUUUAAAAUGCUAUUUUUGUUUUAUAAGAAAAGAACACAAUUAAAGCUUAUAACAUUACUACUGGCGAGUCAUUAAAAAGUUUGGAUAAAUAAUUUCAAAUCACUAAUUAAAUAGUUGUAUCAAUUAAAAUUAUAUAAGACUACCUUAUGAUUGAAAAGAUAGGUAAAAGAAUGACUAAAGAGUUACAUGAAAUAAAAAAUGGUUCUUUCACCUCGAAACAAGCAAGUAAUUCCCUCAACUUAGAUUACCCACUUAUUUAGCUUUGUCAUGUCCCUUAAGCAAAAUAUAUAGUAAUAGAUAAAUAAAAUGGUAUGAGCUUUUAUCACAACUAAGGUGAUAAAAGGAUAGCCCUGCUAAAAACUUACUUUACAACAGAUGAAUAUAAUUAGAUAAAAAGAGUUGAUGAAAUAUUGAAUACUGAUAAUCCUUUAAACAAAAUAAGUGAUAUAAGCACUUAUCUCAAAUUUUAUCCAGGAAUAGGAAAUAUCUUAAAUAUAGUUGCUCUUAAACCAAUUUUUCUUGAAAUUAUUUCAAAAAAACUCUAACUAAUGGAUAAAUGUGACAUUCCCAUGAUCUUGAUGAAGAAUCAAAUUAAUGGUAAUUCACCUAUAGAUAUUGCUUGUUAGAGUAAUCAAUUAAAAAGUUUAAAUAUUCUCUUCGAACUUCUCACUAAGUACUAGGAUGAUCAUGGAUUCAAUUAUUUGAUGGACAAUUAAUUAAUCUACUUAAUUAAAAAAGGUCUUAACUUGUAGGAGUAUUUCGAAAGUUCAUUACCGAAAUUCCAGAUCAUAAGUGAAUAAUAUCCUUAUCAGCAUUCUGAUGCUUAUUAAUACAUCAAGGGUGAGAAUAAUUUAAGCACACCAAGUGAUGUCAAAGGAAAAUAUGAAGAUAUAUUUACAUUUGAAAAUACGCUAGAAGAAAGUCAAACUUCUAUUGAAUACUACCUCAUUAAUCUACCUGAAACUUUGCAAAAACUGGAGCUUAUUAAAGCUCUUAGUAUUACUAAGAAUCUUGACUACUUUGACAAUCUUACCAUUCAAACAAUCAUUUAGUUCAAAUGGAGAGAAUAUACCAAAACAUUCUUUAAGCUUAAAUUUUUUAUCUUUUCACUAUUUGUUUUUUCAUUGGUAUUUGAGAUUUGGUAUUCAAAUUACAAGGGUAAGACUUAAGCUUAACCUUCAAAUGAUGAUAAAAACAUAGGUAUAACAAGUUAUCCAGAUUCAAGAGAUUUAACUUUAAUGAUUAUAAAUAAAAGCAUAUGUUUUACUGUAUUACUCUGCUUUUUUUUCUAUGAAGUAAUAAGUUCUUUGGGUGAUUAUACGAUUGAAGAUCAUCAAAAUCAGCAUUCAUCACUUAUGAUUAUUAUAACCUGGACAAUAUGGAUAAUUGCAGUUAUGACAAUUAAUAUUGUUUUCAUGAAUUUCAUAAUUGCUGUUAUCUAAGAUUCUUAUGAGAAAAUGAUGCAAAGAUCUGUUGCAUAGUCAUAUUAAGUUAAAGCUAAACUGAUUAAAGAGAGAGAAUUAUUUAUGAAUCCUAUGAAAGAUGAUAAAAACUUCCCUAAGUAUUUAAUCUUAAGAAGACCUAUCAUUACAUUUGACGACGAUUCAGGAGAAUGGUAAGGUUUUAUCAAAGAUCUAAAGUAUACUAUUAGAACAACAACAGGCAAAUCUAAAGCAGAAAUUCUUUAGAAUCUUCACUCAAUUCAAUCUAAAAAUAAUGAAGGUCUUGAUGAAAAAAUUCGUUCAUUGAAUUAAAAACUUGACCAAGCAUAAGAGAUUAGCAAGAAUGAACUUUAGAAAUAAUCUAAAGGUGUUAAUGAGCUUGAUGUAUAAGUUAAAAGACUAGAUGUAUAAGUUAAAAGACUAGAUGCACAAGGCAAAGGACUUGAUACCAAAGUUGAUAGACUUGAUGUAUAAGUUAAAGGACUAGAUACCAAAGUCAAUGGACUAGAUACUAAAGUUGAUGGACUCGAUACCAAAGUUGAUGGACUCGAUACCAAAGUUGAUAGUCUUGGUACUUCGGUACUUAGAAUCCAAGAUGAUAUGGAAUUCAUUAAGAGUUCCUUAACUUAGUUACUUCAAAACUAAAAUCAGUGA